AUGUUGGAAACUCGUCCAAUACGUUCCUUAACCGUCAAAGUCGACAUCUACUCUCGGUGGAAGCCAACGUCUACCACAGCUCACCGGUUCCAAUCCACCCUCCAACCCGCAACGCUCGACAGAGGCUUCAAGUUAUCUCCCAAACCGCUCGACAAUCCUUACACUUCCGAUCCGGCAUUCCAACGAGUCCUGUCGUGGUAUUUGCCCUCGAAAGUGCUGGAUUCGAUCGAACCUCAGCUCAAGAAGUUCGGCGACGAAGCCAUUUCAGAACAAGUCAACGAAUGGAUCGCUGAUGCUGAGACAAACCAGCCUUAUGUCAAGACGCGUGAUGUCUUCAACAAUAGGUAUCCGUAUGAUCGACUGGUGACGAGUCACAGAUGGAAGGAGCUGGGGAAAUGGGGGAUUCGGAACGGUGUCGUUGCGAGAGGCUAUGAAGACGAACAUGGCCCAUAUCGCAGAGUCGUCCAACAUGCAUUCACGACUCUUCCAGCACCAGAUCAAAGACCUGCCCCUUCGCAUCCUUUCCACGGACUCUACCGCCGCUUGACCGCGCGCCAGAACAGCUGGAUCUCGAGCCAGUGGAUGACCGAACGUCCCGGCGGUAGUGAUGUCCAGAGUUCAGAGACCGUGGCUAUCUUCUCCCCUCUACCUGACAAGUCCAACGCCAACGACGGCUUUGGCAGAUUCGACGAGGGCGACUGGCUCGUCUCCGGGUACAAAUUCUUCUGCUCAGCAACAGACUGCGACGUGGCUUUGAUGCUCGCGAAGACGGAGUCCGGGAAACUCUCCCUCUUCGUUGCGCCAACGAAGAAGACUGUCAACAACGAAGAUGGCCAGGAGCAGCUCGUCACGAACGGGAUCCGAUUCCAUCGAUUGAAGACGAAGAUGGGGACGAAAGAGUUGCCGACUGCUGAGCUGGAGCUGAAGGAUGUGAGGGCUUGGAGAGUCGGGUCUUUGGAUCGAGGCAUCCCGACGAUUGCGACGUUGUUGAAUGUGACGAGGACGCAUAAUUUUGUUACGGCGUUGAGUUGUUGGAGGAGGGGGAUGGCUAUCGCGAAGAACUUCGCCCUCGCACGAACGACCAUCGAUCAACCACUCUGGGCAUUCCCCAUGCACCUCCGUCUCCUAGCAAACAUGGAAGUCAAGUUCAAAGCCCUCCUCUCCCUCUCCCUCUUCACCACAACCCUCCUCUCCCACACCGACAACCCCCUCCCCGCAACCCACCCAAAUCCACCCCUCCCGCACCUCCCCACCCCAGGCCCCCAAACAACCACCCUCCUCCGCCUCCUCACCGCAACAACCAAAGCCACAACCUGCAAACUCUCCUCCCACGCCCUGCAAGAAUGCCAAGAAGCCCUCGGCGCCAUCGGCUACAUGGACGAGCCCUCGCAGCCCGAGUGGAACAUCUCCAGACUCUACCGCGACACGGCGGCGAAUAUGACCUGGGAGGGCACGACGAAUGUGCUGGCGAGCGAGGUCGUUCGGUUCGUCGUGCAGAAGGAUGGAAGACAUUUGGAAGGCGUGGAUGAGUGGGUGCGGAGGGUUGUUGGUGCUAUCGAGGAUGAGGGUUUCAAGGCUAGGAUCUCGGACGCGUGGAGGACGCUUCACGGACACCUCUCCUUCUCUUCCACCCAUAGCGAAGACCUCCUCCCAUCCCUCCUGGCCCAGGCCCGCGAACUCACCUUCUCCCUCGCACACCUCGUCUCCAGCAUCCUGCUCGCGCACGACGCGCAGCGCGAUAACGACGCCCUGACCAUCGAAGUCGCUCGUCGCUGGAUCCUCGAUGGUGAGCCGGGGGUAGGGGAGUUUGGGCUGAGAGAUGUCGUGUACGGCGACGGGGAGGGUGCUGGGGUGAAGAGGAUGAGUGAGAAGGAGAGAACGGAGUGGGAUUGUAGGAUUGUUUGGGGGGGUGGAGAUGCCUGGGGAUGCUGCGAGGGGGUAUAG